ACAACCUCGACUUCUUCAUGUAACUAACUAUCAAAAUAUUCUUUCAUUCGUGAUGAAUCGCUUAGCUAAAUCAUCUCGUACAUUUCUUUGCUAACCGCAAUCAAAUCAAUACUCGACAUGCUUCAUCCACCCCUCCAUGACUGCAGCGCACCCUGUCGGUGGGGCAAGGAGCCUGGACGUGGGCCUGUGCACUGCCCAAAUCCAUGGCUGCAAUUUGCAGACUCUAAUUAAAGCAGUUUGGGUGCCUGCUUGCCUAGGUUUCCAGCCACUGAUAGUCCCCUUUUGCGAAGACUAGUGCCCUUCAAGGUUCCCUCGUGUUCACAAUUGGUGAGGCUGACUCCAUUUUCAGGGUCUUGCCGAGCCUCAAUACGAGAUGGUGCUUAAAAAGGGGUUCAGCCGCUGAAGAUUCAUCCAUGCCUUUGCGACAGUGACCUAAAUCGUCGGUCGACAAUGUCCAACUCGAAUUCUGCCUGUAUAGAAUGACUGCCCACGACCGCAUCCAGUGGCUGGAUGGCCUCCGUGGCAUCGCAGCGGCGAUUGUGGCCUUUGACCACUACUUCAUGAGCGAUGUCUGGCACCCUUUCGUCUCCUUCUGGGCCGAUCCCCCCGAGACCAACCGGCACUUGGUGCAGCUGCCUCCCAUCCGCAUUCUUUUCUCCGCCCAUUCGAUGGUGACUCUGUUCAUGGUGAUUUCCGGCUUUGCCAUCUCCGUCGGUCUGCUCAAAGCCCGCCACAGCCCGCAGUUUCUGCCGCGAGUGACCUCCGCCAUCGUCCGGCGCCUCUUUCGCAUCUAUCUGCCGGUAUUGGUCCUGGCCACUCUGAGCCAGGUCCUAUUCUUUUUCGAUCUGUAUCACUGGACGUUCGAUGACGGGUUUCUCGAUGGACUCCAACCCUGGACCAAUCCGUGGGCCCACAUCAGAUGGCUGUGUGGCUACAUGGCCGAUAGCAUCAAUGUCAUCGCAUUUGAGUAUCGCGGUGGUCUGAACGGCCAACUGUGGACCAUGCCGCUCGAAUUCCGGGGAUCCAACGUGGUGUAUCUCUUGACCGUUGGGCUGUCGGCAUGGCGUCCCAAGCUCCGACUCUGGGCACUGCCACUCCUGGCUGGAUUCUUCCUAUGGGCUGGCAACUGGGACAUCUUCGGAUUCAUCUGGGGCCUGUGGCUGGCGGAGCGGGCGAUCAACACUACGCCUGUGGCGAACGCGAUGGCAGAUGACGACCACGACGACGAGGAGAAGCUGUCCCGCCCGUCCUGUACCACCACGCGAUGCAGGAUCCGAUCCUCGCUACGAGAGCUUUUCACUCUUUCCCGAAUGAUCACCCUUCUCAGUUUUGUGGUCGGAUACUAUCUCCUCUGUCUUGGCAGCGACGGCCAGCUGCCCCCGGGCUACCAGUUCCUCGCUACCGUCCAGCCUGCAAAGUGGAAGGACCGGUGGGAGAUCUACCAAUGGUGCUGGAAGUCCGUGGGCGCCGCGUGCCUGGUGUAUGCGAUCGCCCAGUCCCCGUGGCUGCAAUGGCCCCUCAACACUCGCCUCGUGCAGUAUCUGGGCAAGAUCUCGUUCUCGCUGUAUCUGCUCCAUGAGACCAUCUAUCAAUUGUGGCGCAAUCCCCUGCGAGACUUUGUGUAUCUGAUGGCGAGCGGGAACCCAUACCUGACUAGUGCGGAGGCCCUGCGAGAUGAUCCAUUUGCCUUUCAUGUGGCCUGGUGGGGGUCUGGGAUUGUUUUGGGGGGGGUAGUUAUUCUUGCGUCGCAUUACUACACUCUCUAUGUGGACAAUAAGUGUGUGUGGCUGGCGAAGAGGUUAGAGCGAUUGUUUACAUCAUGAUUUUGUACCGUACCUCGAGUCCCCCACGUACCUGCCGAACACCUCACACCUUCCCACCUGUUGGCGUAUGUGGCCUUGGAUCGCUGGGUCGUAUAUCGUAUGGAGUGUAAAAUACUCCAGUAGCCGUAGCUAGUUUCUUCUACUCCUGAUUAAUAUAAAUCC